AUGUGUUCCCGGGUCUGGUUCGUGACGGACCGGCGCAUCGUGCAGGAGUACCCGCAGGUCCAGAUCCUCCGGGCGCUGAAGGAGCGCUGCAGCGACGAGGACGUGGAGUUCCGCUCGCUGCUCAUGGACCAGAUCGUGCUCACCAUCACCGAGGGUCAACUGGGUCUGCGAGUGGAGCAGGAACUGGUGACGUCCUAUCCACAGGUGGUGGUGGUGCGGGUGCCCACGCCCUGGGUGCAGUCAGACAGCGACAUCACUGUGCUGCGCCACCUGGAGAAGAUGGGCUGUCGGCUGAUCAACCGGCCCCAGGCGAUACUCAACUGUGUCAACAAGUUCUGGACCUUUCAGGAGCUGGCCGGCCACGGGGUGCCUCUUCCUGACACCUUCUCCUACGGCGGGCAUGACAACUUCCGUAAGAUGAUUGACGAAGCUGAGCCGCUGGGCUAUCCGGUGGUGGUGAAGAAUGCGCGGGGCCACAGAGGGAAGGCGGUGUUCCUGGCCCGGGACAAACACCACCUCACAGACCUGUGCCACUUGAUCCGCCACGACACCCCCUACCUGUUUCAGGAGUACGUCAAGGAGUCGCACGGCCGCGACGUGAGAGUGGUCCUGGUGGGCGGCCGUGUCAUCGGCUCCAUGCUACGCUGCUCCACUGAUGGCCGAAUGCAGAGCAACUGCUCCCUGGGUGGUGUAGGUAUGAUGUGCCCCCUGAGCGAGGAGGGAAAGCAGCUAGCCAUAGAGGUGUCCAACAUCCUGGGCAUGGAUGUGUGUGGCAUCGACCUGCUGCAAAUGAACGACGGCUCGUUUGUGGUCUGCGAGGCCAACGCCAACGUGGGCUUCAUCGCCUUCGACCAGGCCUGCGGCAUGGACGUGGCAGGCAUCGUCGCUGACUUUGCCCUGUCGAUGCUCCCCAGCCGGCUCACCCGCAAGAUGUCCUUGCUCUCCGUCGUGUCAAGCACCAGCGAGACCAGCAGCGAGCCCGAGGUGUGCCCUGUGCCCGCUGGCGGCGGCGGCUCGCUGCCCGAGGCCGUCUGCAACAUGAGCGUGGGCUCUACUUCCAGCGAGAGCGACCCGGAGCUGGCGGAGCCCUCCCAGUCCUCGCCCCGCCAGUCCACAGGCGCCGACUUGGCCGAUCUUCCCGGCCUCCCCGAUCCAGCCUACAACUUCAACACCCUUCUCGCCAAUGAGAUCAAGUUAUUGACUGAGUGA